UCUUGAGUAUGGGACCUUUUUUUGCAUAGUUCCAACUUAAUUGUGGAACUUAACACCAAAGGAUAAUCUUUUCUUCCUGGGUCGUGACAGAUCAUUACCUGUUUGUGUUCAAUGGGACGACGAAUUCACUUUGUUGUUGACCCUCAGGGCUGGUGCUGCAUGGGCUUGAUUAUCUUCGUCUGGCUGUACAAUACUAUCUUCAUUCCAAAAGUCAUCCUUUUUCCUCACUAUGAAGAAGGACAUAUUUCAGCCAUGGCAAUUUUGUGUUAUUACUUCUGCUCAUUGUUUUGUAUAGCUUCAUUACUAAGAGCCUCAGUAGCUGAUCCAGGAAAGCUACCUGAAAACCCAAAGAUACCAAUUACAGAAAGAGAAUAUUGGGAACUAUGUAACAAAUGCAAUAUGAUGAGACCAAAGCGUUCACACCAUUGUAGUCGUUGUGGACAUUGUGUGAGGAGGAUGGAUCACCACUGUCCAUGGAUUAAUAAUUGUGUUGGUGAAGACAAUCAUUGGCUGUUUUUACAGCUGUGUUUCUACACUCAGAUCCUUAGUUCCUAUACACUGAUACUUGAUUUCUGCCAUUAUUACUACUUUUUGCCUCUGAAAAAAGAAAACUGGGAUGUUUUUGUAUUUAGGCAUGAACUUGCUGUCCUAAGAAUAUCUGCCUUCAUGGGUCUAAUAAUAUUAGGUGGAAUAAGUGGACUCUUUUACACUCAGCUAAUGGGUAUUUUCACUGACACUACAAGUAUAGAAAAAAUGUCUAACUGUUGUGAAGACAUAUCGAGGCCCCGAAAGCCAUGGCAGCAGAUCUUCUCAGAAGUUUUUGGCACUCACUGGAAGAUCCUGUGGUUUAUUCCUUUCAGGCAGAGGCAACCACUGCGAGUUCCCUACCACUUUGCCAAUCACGUCUGA